GCUACGAACUCUACCUCAGAUCUCCAGCGGAAGAGAAAAACCUGUAAGCAAAGCUCAGGACCAAAAACUCCAGGGAAUGCUGCUCGCCGACAUUUCUGGACAGGUUACCCACUGGGAGAUCCACCACUGUCUCAGUCCCAUUGCUACCUAAAGUAGAGCUGGCCCCUGUUCCUGGAAAGGCGUUUGUGGGAGUAAAGAUGGAGGCCGGAGGGGAGCGCUUUCCUAAACAAAGGCAAGUCCUGAUUCUCUUUCUCUUGCUGGGAGUGGCUCUGGCAGGCUGGGAAUCCCGUCGCUAUUUCGUGAUGGAGGAAACUGAGAGCGGCUCCUUUGUGGCCAAUCUUGCUAAGGACCUGGGGCUGGGAGUGGGGGAGCUAGCUGCGCGAGAAGCCCGGGUGGUCUCCGAGGACAACGAACCCUGGUUGCGGCUUGAUCUACAGACUGGGGAGUUGAUAUUAAGUGAGAAACUGGACCGGGAGGAGAUGUGCGGCCCCACAGAUCCAUGUGUAAUGCAUUUCCAAGUGUUACUGAAAAAGCCACUGGGAGUAUUUCGAGCUGAGCUACUGGUGAGAGACAUAAACGAUCAUUCUCCUGAGUUUCCUGAAGAAGAAAUGACGCUGAAAAUCCUAGAGACUAGCCCUCCUGGGACCGUGUUUCCGCUGAAAACAGCUCAGGAUUUGGACGUGGGCAACAACAACAUCCAAAACUACAAUAUCAGUCACAACUCUUACUUCCAUGUUUCCACCCGCAACUGGGGGGACGGCAGGAAAUACCCAGAGCUGGUGCUGGACAAAGAGCUGGAUCGCGAAGAGCAGGCCGAGCUCAGAUUAACCCUCACAGCGCUGGAUGGCGGCUCUCCGCCCAGGUCUGGCACCGCCCAGGUCCGAAUCUUGGUCUUGGACGUUAAUGACAACGCCCCUGAGUUUGAACAGACGCACUACCAGGUGCAGGUCCCAGAGAACAGCCCUGUAGGCACCCUAGUUGUCAAGGUCUCAGCUAGGGAUUUGGACACUGGAACAAACGGAGAAAUAUCAUAUUCCCUUUUUUAUAGUUCUCAAGAGAUAAGCACAACUUUUGAGCUAAGCAGCAUUUCAGGAGAAGUUCGACUAAUUAAAAAACUAGACUUUGAGACAAUAUCCUCAUAUGAGCUGUAUAUAGAUGCGUCCGAUGGUGGGGGACUUUCUGGAAAAUGCUCUGUCUCCAUUGAGGUGAUGGAUGUUAACGAUAACUCCCCAGAACUAACUAUUUCAUCACUUACCAGCCCCAUUCCUGAAAAUUCCCCUGAGACAGAAGUGGCCCUGUUUAGGAUUCGAGACCGAGACUCAGGGGACAACGGAAGGAUUACUUGCUCCAUCCAGGAUGAUCUCCCCUUCCUCCUGAAACCAUCUGCAGAGAAUUUCUACACCCUAGUAACAAAUGGGGCACUGGACAGAGAGAGUAAAGCCCAAUAUAAUAUCACCAUCACCGUCACAGAUAUGGGGACACCGAGACUGAAAACCCAGCACAACAUAACCGUACUGGUGUCCGACGUCAACGACAACGCCCCCGCCUUCACCCAGACCUCCUACACCCUGUCCGUCCGCGAGAACAACAGCCCCGCCCUGCACAUCGGCACCGUCCGCGCCACAGACAGAGACGCGGGCGCCAACGCCCAGGUCACCUACUCGCUGCUGCCGCCCCUCGACCCGCACGUGCCCCUGGCCUCCCUGGUGGCCAUCAACCCGGACAACGGCCACCUGUUCGCCCUGAGGUCCCUGGACUACGAGGCCCUGCGGGCGUUCGAGUUCCGCGUGGGCGCCGCCGACCGCGGCUCGCCCGCGCUCAGCAGCCAGGCGCUGGUGCGCGUGCUCGUGGCGGACGACAACGACAACGCGCCCUUCGUGCUGUACCCGCUGCAGAACGCCUCGGCGCCCUGCACCGAGCUGGUGCCCAGGGCGGCCGAGGCGGGCUACCUGGUGACCAAGGUGGUGGCGGUGGACGGCGACUCGGGCCAGAACGCCUGGCUGUCGUACCAGCUGCUCAAGGCCACGGAGCCCGGGCUGUUCGGCGUGUGGGCACACAACGGCGAGGUGCGCACGGCCCGGCUGCUGAGCGAGCGCGACGCGGCCAAGCACAGGCUGCUGGUGCUCGUCAAGGACAACGGCGAGCCGCCGCUGUCGGCCAGCGUCACGCUGCACGUGCUGCUGGUGGACGGCUUCUCGCAGCCCUACCUACCGGCCCCGGAAGCGGAAGCGGCGGCCGCGGCGCCGGCCGCCCCGCUCACCGUCUACCUGGUGGUCGCCUUGGCGUCGGUGUCGUCGCUCUUCCUCUUCUCGGUGCUGGUGUUCGUCGCGGUGCGGCUGUGCAGGCGGGGCGGGGCGGCCUCGGUGGGUCGCUGCUCGGUGCCCGAGGGCCCCUUUCCGGGCCACCUGGUGGACGUCAGCGGCACGGGGACCCUGUCCCAGAGCUACCAGUACGAGGUGUGUCUGACGGGAGGCUCCGGGAGUAAUGAGUUCAAAUUCUUGAAGCCUGUCUUCCACAAUAUUCUAGAAUCGGACCUUGGGAGGAAGUCAGAAGGAAGUUCAACCUUCCAGAAUAGUUAGGUUAUCUGAAACGUCCCCACUGCGUACAUUAGUUUUGUCUCCUACACCUUUCCCUUUUUUAACUUAGUAGUAAUCUUUAAUGCUACUUGUCUUUCUUCUUUUCUAGUUUUUCUUAGUAAUACUACUCAUUGUUUUGUUGGACUGUUUGUCCUAUAAUUAUUUUUACAAUUAUUGUUAGUAAAAAUUUUAUAUCAGGAAAUUUCAUAUUUCUGAUUAAACUUUUAGUAUUUAUUUCUAAAUGAUAAUAUGAAAGUUAGCCCCUCAGAAUAAAAGUAACUCUAACUUUAAAACUAUAUUUCUCACUAUAUGACACUACAUAAAAAUGUCUGAUCCCUUUUUAUCAUACUUCAUUUUUUAAUUACUGGAAGUUUUUUGUGUUUUUAUUAUUUACACAGUUAGACUUGUCUAUAACCCCUCUUCUGUUUGGAGUGGAAUCAAUUUAUAUUUACUUAUGUCCAAUUUCUUCCAAGCUCUGUUUGGAUUUUUGUUUUACCAAUAGGCAGCGACAUGUAUAAUUUCAUGCUAUUUAUUUCAAAAAUCACACUUGUAAUCAUUAGACUUUCACUCUGAAAUAUUGCAUAUGUUAUCUCAUGCAAGUAUAUAUUUAUCAUCUAUUCUUUCUCAUCUAAAUUAAGUUUGAAAACACUUGUAAGUUCUUCCUUAUAUCUAACUGAAGUUGUGAUCCUGUUAAAGAGUUUACUGAUACCAGGUUGACUAUGUUUAAGGAGUUCUUUAGACGUGACCAAGUAAUGCAUUGCCUGCAAUUGUCCCUUGCUAUUGGAGACGAAUUCUCAAGUGAGCUCCAAAUUCUGGGCCUAGAGGAGCUUUUGAUGACACAGCAUUCCAAUAUCUGCUUGCCUUUGGAUGACGACAUUGUUCUGGUUAAUAGGGAAUUUGAAAGAAAAUGCAUUGUAGAAUUAAUAUUACUUAACCAAAGAAAACUUAGUAAAGGAUAUGUUGGUGAGGGAGUUGAAUGAUUUGAAGAAAUAAUUAGCUUUGUUGUCAGGACUCCUCUAUCUCCAGGAGCCUCAUAAGUGGAUACUAUAGAAUGGUGUGGUUGGCAGAGUAAUGGCCCCCUAAAGACAUCCACAUCCUAAUCCCUGGAACCUGUGAAUAUUCUGUGUUAUACUGCAAAAGGAAAUUAAGGUUCAGAGGAAUUAAGGUUGCUAAUCAGUUAGUCUUAAAAUAGGGAGAAUAUCCUAGAUGAUCUGGAUGGGCCUGAUUCAGUCAGUUGAAAGGCCUUAGAGCAGAGCUGAGUCUUCCCUGAGAUGAAGAAAUUCUGACUGUGGGCAGCAGCUUCUCAUGCCCCAGACUUCCAGCCUGCUCUUUGUAAUUGCCUGCUCUACAGAUUUUGGACUUGCCUAGCCAGCUCACCCAACCAAGUAAGUCACUUCCUUGCAAUAAAUCUCUUAAUAUAUAUCUCCUGCUGGUUCUGUUUCUCUGGUUGAACCCUGACUGAUACAGAUUUUGGUACCUGGAAGUGGAGUGCUGCUGUAACAAAUAACUAAAAAUACAGAAAUUGCUUUGGAAUUGAGCAGCAGGCAUAGGCUGGAAGAAUUUUGAAGCGCAUGAUGGAAAAAGCCUAGAUUGCUUUGGACAGACUGUUAGUUGAAAUACAGAUGUUAAUAACUCUGCUAGCGAAGACUCAGAGGGAAGUAAGGAGUAUGGUGGAGAAAACAUAUAUUGCCUUAUAGAGUACCUAAAUCAAAACCUUAGGAGACUUGGUAGUAAUGUGGAUGUUACUUGGUAGUAAUAUGGUAGUAAUAUGGAUGUUCCCUGGUGGCACAGUGGUUAAGACUCCGCCUGCCAAUGCAGGGGACAGGGGUUCGAGC